GCUCCGAGCAGCAGCGCGCGCUUCCCCGGGCGCCCUGCGCCGCGAAGAGCUCGGCCGGCCGCGGGAGCCAGGACACGGGUGGACAAAGCAAGAUGGCAGGGAUCUUAGCCUGGUUCUGGAACGAGAGGUUUUGGCUUCCGCACAAUGUCACCUGGGCGGACUUGAAGAACACGGAGGAAGCCACCUUCCCGCAGGCGGAGGACCUCUAUCUCGCCUUCCCGCUGGCCUUCUGCAUCUUCAUGGUGCGGCUCCUCUUCGAGAGGUUUGUAGCCAAACCAUGUGCGAUAGCCCUCAACAUUCAGGCCAGUGGACCACAGGUUGCCCAGCCUAAUGCCAUUCUGGAGAAGGUCUUCACUGCAAUCACAAAGCAUCCUGAUGAAAAGAGACUGGAAGGCCUCUCCAAGCAGCUGGACUGGGAUGUUCGCAGCAUUCAGCGCUGGUUUCGACAAAGACGCAAUCAGGAGAAGCCAAGCACGCUGACAAGGUUCUGUGAGAGCAUGUGGAGAUUUUCAUUUUACCUUUAUGUGUUUACCUAUGGAGUCCGGUUCCUGAAAAAGACACCCUGGCUGUGGAAUACAAGGCACUGCUGGUACAACUACCCCUAUCAGCCACUUACAACUGACCUUCACUACUAUUAUAUCCUGGAACUGUCAUUUUAUUGGUCUUUAAUGUUUUCCCAGUUCAUUGAUAUCAAAAGAAAGGACUUCGGCAUUAUGUUCCUGCAUCACCUGGUGUCUAUUUUCUUGAUUACGUUUUCAUAUGUCAACAACAUGGCCCGAAUAGGGACCCUGGUUCUCUGUCUUCACGAUUCAGCGGAUGCUUUUCUGGAGGCUGCCAAAAUGGCCAAUUAUGCCAAGUUUCAGAAAAUGUGUGAUCUUCUCUUUAUUAUGUUCGCCAUGGUUUUUAUCACCACACGACUGGGUGUAUUUCCUCUCUGGGUGUUGAACUCCACACUGUUUGAAAGCUGGGAGAUUGUUGGACCUUACCCUUCCUGGUGGGUUUUCAACCUACUGCUGUUGCUAAUACAAGGCUUGAACUGCUUCUGGUCUUACUUGAUUGUAAAAAUAGCUUGCAAAGCUAUUUCAAAGGGCAAGGUGUCCAAGGAUGAUCGAAGUGACAUUGAGUCCAGCUCAGAUGAGGAGGACUCGGAACCUGCAGGGAAGAAAUCCCACACUGCCACCACCACCAAUGGAACCAGUGGCACCAACGGGUACCUCCUGACCGGCCCGUGCUCCGUGGAUGAUUAAUUACGAAAACUACAAGUCCAGAACAAAGUGAACUAUUUGUUCCUGGAAGUAUUUAAUAAGUUGCAAAUGCAGUUCCUUUCAUGAUAUCUCAGCACCAGAAACAAAAAUUAGGAUUCUCAAAGCAUUUUGAAUAGUGCUCUGCCAUAUGUCCCGUCUGUGAAUGAAGAAUUAUCAUUCUCUGUACGUAGGCAUGCUGUAUGUAAUUGACACAAGGGAACAAUAUUUGCAUUUGUAUUGUCUUAGAAUAUUAUUUAUUUUUUUGUAUUUGUUUGUAAAUCUGUGGACAAAAGAGGGUUUCCUCAUUCCUUUUACUCCCUGGGUUCAUGACAUUGAGGGAGAUGCUCCAUCUGCUUCAACCCCUUUCUAUUGCUGUAGCCCCAUCUGCUAGGAGCAUCAGCUUAAUUUCUCUUAGAGCAAGCAGAAGCCAGCGCAAGAUUCCUGUACACUUCCAAAUAGGUUUGCUUUCUUUGUGUCAGUGCCCGAUCUCAGUGACCAUUCCCCCAGCAGAUAGUUUAAAUAGGACGAGCUAGGUUUUUUAAUUGUCACUCUUCAUGGUCAUUGAGCAGUUCAAAUGAAAGAGUAUAGUUAUUGGAGGGCUUUUAAAAAUUGUUUUGUAUUAAAUGGCUUUGGAAUAGACUUCAUUUCUUGUGCACAUAACCAGGACUUCUUCAGUGAGUGUUGUAGCUAGUUGGGGACUCACCUUGUAGGUUACAGAGAUCUUUCUGUUCUCUGUUAUGAGGUCAAUGCUCUGGCUCUAAAGAAAGACAUUUGCUGAAGGUCAUAGUUACAAAGAAAACACUCUGACUGUGUGGCAUUUGUUUCGUGACCUGAGACUAGCAUAAAGAGAGCAGCUGAUUGCAGCCAGAUUCUACCACUGCCCCCGUAAUUAGCGCAGUCUUGUGUUAUGUCAUGAAAAAAAAGAAGCCAAGUAUAUUUUGGGACAAAAAAAAGAGAGUUUCAAGAGUUGGCAAAGGUCACCUCUAGUGCAAAGCACUUUAUUUCACCAUCUUUCAAAGAAAGUGCCGUAUCUAGUGUUUGAUUUUGAUGUUUUUAUUUUUCUGAGCAAAAUAAAGGCAGUGGGAAAAAGACUCUUUUACCCAUUGUCUUUUCUCCCUAAACAUAACUCAGAAUGACUUCCCUGUUACUCAAGCAGUGUUGCACUCUGAGUCCUUUCGUUUGCUUCUUUGAAGAUUUGUUCGCUUUACAGGAAUUUUUACUCAAAGGAAGCCAGAAAAGCAAAAAUUAGACUGGACAAUGACAAUAUUGGCAAUGAGAAAAACUACUGAAAAAUAAGUUUCCAUUGUCCCCUAGACAGCAGUGUUAUUUACUUAUAGAUAAGAAAACCAUACACAUAACCAAAGAUUUUAUCUCCUUUCUUCCAACUUUUAGUAAGAGGGAAUAAAAAAGUAUUACAGAUACUUACUAUAAUAAAUAAAAAAGACCAUCAUGUAAAACAAGAGUUGAAAACCACAAUGCAGUGACAUAAAUGUGCGAAUCUGGCACAGUGCAGACAACAGCAAAUACUAGAGAGUGCACAUGCUGUUCAGAGCCAUUCACAUUCAGAUCCAUUAAAAAAAAAAAAAAUUAAAGCUUUGUGUUCACAAUUUACAACCUGUAGUACAAAGAAUAGUCCCAAACAAAAACCUCACACUGUAAUAUUAAAUCUUUCCCCACCUAGUUACAAAAUAGUAUGUUUCUGGUUUAGUUCACAGUAAUAACUCAAGAGGCUUGGAAAUAUAUCUGCCUGUUUAUUGAAACACAGUGCAACUAAUUCUUCGUGUAAAACCUUAUUUUAUUUCACAAAAGAGAGAUAUGUCUAAGGUGUAAUCUGAGGAUGGUUUGACUUUGUAAGGCCAAUCAUAAAACAUCAAAAGUACUUGUUAGUCAUCUGAACAUCUGCUGAGAUGCAGGUAAAUAAAAAGUAACAGCAAGCGUGUUAUAGGUGAAAAAUUUAGAGAAGGUGAAAAUUUCUUUUCUUAUCAACUAAAAUAUGAAAGAGAAGAGGAUUGUAUCCAGUGGUAGGGCAAGUCCUUUCCGUGGGUGAAAUAAACCAGAGAACCACAGUAUGUUCAAAUAUAGAUUACCCGACACUCUUUAGUACAGAAGAACAAUUUCAAAAGAUCAGCUUAUAAAUUGUUAACUUAGAGUUGCAUAAAAUGAAGUAAAUUGAGUCUGUCCUUAGCAAAGGCAAACCUAGACAAGCUUUUGUUUUUCCCAGAAGUCACUUAGAGGGAGGACUGGGAGUACUUAGAGCCUCUCUGACCGAUGGCAUCAAUUUAACAAAGUCCUCAAUGGAUCUACAGGUUUUUAUUUCAUUUUACAUUUUAGGACAAAGAGUUCUUUUUGAAGAAUCAAAAUGGUGUUUGUAGGCCUCUCGAGGUGAAGGAUAAUACAUCUCUGUGUGCUGCUCUCCGGUGGUGGCCUGAUAAGGCUGAGUGACAAAAAUACCCCCUACCAGUGCCAGGCCAUCCUGUGGGAAGCGUAGUUUGUAAAUUCCACUGUAGGUUAGUGAGAGUGUUGUUGCCCAUUAAUUAACUUAGCCUGUGCUGAUAUCUCCUUCCUCCUGGUCACAUUCAGACUUUCCCAGGGUACCAAGGGUGUGUAGGAAGGAAUCUAGAAAAAGUAUCUUUUAUUCUCUAAUGUUAUAGCUCUUCUAGAUCUCUUAGUGGGGGGGAAAGUAGAAAAUUGAGUAGAAUUUGGCCUUGGGUCAAUAAAUGAUAUAAAUGUGUGAUCUGUGUAUGUAUCUGUAUGUUUCUUCAAAAAUGUGAUAAAACCAAAAUAUCACCGACUCAUCCUUAUCGAUAUUCUUUUCAUAAAAACCAUUCACUAUGUACAAUAGAAACUUCCUGCCUUUCCUUCAACCUCCCGUUCAUGCUACUCACACAGCUGAGAGUCAUAGAAUCUUUUGUCUCUCAGCCUCAGAGCUAAAUAUUGCAGAAUCAAGAUCAUAGAGGCCUAAGGUCAGCAGAUAAGCCAAAUACAGUUUUCAUUUCUAAACUGAGUCAUAUGAAUGUUGAGAACAAGGGAAUAACUGUCAGUAUUUUGGAUUAUUAAACUGUAUGUUGGAAAAAAUGCAUAUGAUUGCUGCUUCAACCCCACAAUUUUAUUAACAUCUGACUCCUGCUAGGCUGCUAGAUAAUGGUGUUCUGAGGUGCCAUCAGAUAAUGAAACACACCUGACGAAGAUGAACUAGGAAGAAAGGCUGGCUCUCCAAGAAAGCAAGCGGUUGGGUGAGAGAACUCUUUAGUGAGAUAAGAUCAGAUCACUUGGUGAACCUCACAAUGUCCAGUUCUAUUGCCAAACUUUCCGUUCUGAGUAUAUAUAUAUGAUAGAACUUGAAUUUGAGCAAAUUGAAUGCUUUCCCCUUGUGUAGAAGUAAAAAAUGAGAUUUUAUUUCAGCUUACCUGAGUCUUUCCGAAAGAACUUUCCACAAAGGUCUUUAUGAACACCUAUGAUGGUUCCCGAUCUAUUCGUGAUUUUUUUAUUGAUAGUUAUUUUUAUCCCUUUCUUGGAAAUGUUAACGCCAAAGAUGCCUGAAUAUUUUUUCUUAAUUUUAAGUAUAAAAAGUAUACAGAAUAAUUCCAAAGGUGUUAAAAGAUUCUGUUUAUCAGUAUGUGUGAUGAUGCCGUUAUGUCCAGAGAGGUUCAAGAAAUCCUUUGGGAAUAAAAGGUUAUAUGUUUACAUUUUGUGUGCUAUUUGAGGUCUUAAGUUUCCAAUUAGCUUACUGUUUUGUUGUUGUUGUCUUUGGCUGAUUCCUGCUUUGUUGAUAAAUAAUGAUAGCCCUGAAAUGUUUCUAACAUUCAAAUAAGAAAAGAUCAGGUCAAAGUCAGCCUGAUGAUAAAGGCACUUUCAGUGAUGACAAGGCACUUUCAGUCUCUAAGUAACUUGUAUGGAAAGAGAAAAUGCAGUUAGCUCUAGUUAUUGCAUUUGCUGUCUAGCCUUCUGUCCAUGGAAGAAUACUUGUAAUAAUCAAAGGGUCCUUGAAGUCAUGCAAAAUGCAGCAAGAUAUGUUUUUAAUAAAGAUAUUGUUGUCCCCAGAGUCAACUUAAAUUUCUCUUGGUAACAUGAAACUGUGCCAUUCUCAAAUUACCAAAUAGUAAUUAGCCCUGUUUCACCGUGGCCACCUUUUAGUUCUUCAUAGUAAUAGUCCAGAAGAGAGCCCUGCCGUUUGCCUUUGCACGCAGGGCCCCUACUCUCCCCUAGGGGGCGCUCAGUAGAUACUGAGGAGGCCUGUCCACUUGUCCGCUCUAUGCUUUUGAACUCUUCUAAUACAUACUCAGAGGGAGCAUACCUGAUGCUGGCUUUCAUGGAGAACAUUGUAUUAAAGAACAUAAAACAUCAUAAGUAACUGUUAAGAUCUGCAAACACCCAAAGGAGAACCUUGGUCUUUUCUGGGUAUAUCCAACUUUAAGUCAAAACUGAAGCCUUUGAAAGGUACACAAGCUAAGACCUCAUCAGAUCAAAGAAAUAAAAAAACAUGUGCGGCCAGAUGACAUGUCGUACGGUGUCUCCACAAGACUAGGCAUUCUCAGUUUGCACGGGAAGUGAUGCGAGGGGACCGUUAGCCUAAAAUCUGUGUAAUUGAUCUCAUUCACUCACAUUCCCUUAAGCCUCCUGGAAUUCUUGAUAAAACAGAAGCCAGAAUAUUGUCACUUUUCUGCUAUCAAUUUCCCAGUGCACUUUGGGUCAGUUGUACCCACACUUCCUUCUCUGCCUGAUGCCAUUUUUCUUAAAAUGUUGUGUGCACAUCAGCCUGUUUUCCUUAACACGGUCCAUGAAAGCUUGGCUUCCUGCUUUGGUGUAUUUUGCAUGGCCUGGAAACCAGGAACAACAGCUGGUGGCAUGAUUCCUAUGUUCAGUGGGGGGAAGAAUUGAUUUUAUAGAGAUAAUUUUUUUAUUUAGAUCUACAGUAAUGUUUUAAAUUGUCAUUGUAUAACUGCCCUUUAAAAAUUAGGGGUUUUUAAAGAUGAGUUGACAAAGAGAAAUUAGCUCUGUCAUAGGAACAGUUAUGUGGUGAUUCUGGAACUUUAACUUUAAACAUGGAAAACACCGUCCGAGUUCGAUUUCCAAAAGUUUUAUAAUGCCGCUAGCUCAUGAUUCCCACCAGCUCUGUGUUUGCCCACAUAGUUACUGCCAUAGCCAUUUGUUGUCAUGCAAGGGGGAGGUGGUUAGUUUUGGAUUUGGUAUUUUUCAGCUUGCAGUGAGAACUAGGAUAGGUGACAAAAUCUUACUUUUUUCUUAGGACAAUUCAGUGCUUGAGCAUCUCUGUUAAAAUGGAAUGGUGUACUGUUAGCCAAUAGAAUUCUCUUAUGUACUGUUAUUGUGUUUUGCUGAAUUUUAUAUGAAAAUAUAAUUAUUCAUUCAUGAUCUCUGGACGCAAUUGUUAUGAUGAGGAUCAUUUUACUUUGGAAACACUUUCAUAAUAAAGAUAAGCAUUAAGAGUA